AUGGCCUCCGACAAUGAUUACAUGUCCUUCUUGAACAAAGCCAACGCAGACCUCGACGCCGGACGUACCCCGCAGCAAGGGGCCAGUACCACCAAAACCGAGACCGUCCAUGCCUCCGUUCAGAUCCCGGCGUCGCUCCAGUCGGUCGAUGCAUACUACAUUUCCGACGCAGACGAGCCCUUUGAGCCGGUCGCCCUGCGCUGGGAGGGUGCGUCGCGGGGCAUCUGGCCCAACGCAGAUCAACUCUCCGGCCUGAUCUCCCCUGAUGCCGAUCUCUCACAGGCUAUCUCGACCCUGACUCCAUCUUCCUUCGACCCUAAGAACCAAUAUGCCUCGGUGCUGCACGCGGUGCGCGCGGCGGCUGUGGAGAAGGACGUUGAUGCUGACCAGGCUGGAGUUGAGGUUAAGGUUUACCGAGUCGAGUUGACCAGCACGAAGAUCGAGUACUGGGUUCUCGCGCUGAAUGUCCCCGAAGGACGUAUCGUUGGCUUGCGGGCCAAGUCCAUUGAGUCGUAG